GGAGUCUAGAGAGCGGCUGGAGCCAGGCGGGAGCGCGAGGUGCAGGAGGCCGGCGGGAGGCGGGCGAGCCGCGGGAAGCAGGCACCAUGGUUCUUUCGGUGCCUGUGAUCGCGCUGGGCGCCACGCUGGGCACUGCCACCAGCAUCCUUGCACUGUGUGGGGUCACUUGCCUGUGCCGACACAUGCACCCCAAGAAGGGGUUGCUGCCGCGGGACCGUGAGCCCGACCCGGAGAAAGCGAGGCCCGGUGUGCUCCAGGCAGCCCAACAGUUCAACGUUAAAAAGUCCACAGAGCCUGUCCAGCCCCGACCUCUCCUUAAGUUCCCGGACAUCUACGGUCCCCGGCCAGCUGUGACGGCCCCAGAAGUCAUCAACUACGCAGACUACACCCUGGGGACCACAGAGGAGUCUGCUGCACCUGCCAGCCCCCAGGCCCAGAGUGACAGUCGCCUCAAGAGGCAGGUCACAGAGGAGCUGUUCAUCCUCCCUCAGAACGGUGUAGUAGAGGAUGUCUGUGUCAUGGAGACCUGGAACCCAGAGAAGGCUGCCAGCUGGAACCAGGCCCCAAAACUCCACUUUCGCCUGGACUAUGACCAGAAGAAGGCCGAGUUAUUUGUGACUAGCCUGGAAGCUGUCACCAGUGACCACGAAGGAGGCUGUGACUGUUACAUCCAGGGCAGCGUGGCUGUCAAGACAGGCUCUGUGGAGGCACAGACGGCUCUGAAGAAACGGCAGCUGCACACAACCUGGGAGGAGGGCCUGGCCCUGCCCCUGGGUGAGGAAGAGCUCCCCACAGCUACCCUGACACUCACCCUGAGGACCUGUGACCGCUUCUCCAGACAUAGUGUGAUUGGGGAACUCCGCCUGGGCCUGAAUGGAGCAUCUGUACCCCUGGGGACAGCACAGUGGGGUGAACUGAAGACCACAGCAAAGGAGCCAUCUGCAGGAACUGGGGAGGUCCUUCUGUCAAUCAGCUACCUUCCAGCUGCCAAUCGCCUCCUGGUGGUGCUGAUUAAAGCUAAGAACCUCCACUCCAACCAAUCCAAGGAGCUUCUAGGCAAAGAUGUCUCUGUCAAGGUGACCUUGAAACACCAGGCUCAGAAGCUGAAGAAGAAACAGACAAAACGGGCCAAGCACAAGAUCAACCCCGUGUGGAAUGAGAUGAUCAUGUUUGAGCUACCAGAUGACCUGCUGCAGGCAUCCAGUGUGGAGCUGGAGGUGCUGGGCCAGGGUGAGGAGGGGCCGAGCUGCGAGCUUGGGCGCUGCAGCCUGGGCCUGCACGCCUCUGGCUCUGAGCGAAGCCACUGGGAGGAGAUGCUAAAAAACCCACGCCGGCAGAUCGCCAUGUGGCACCAAUUGCACCUGUAGUUGGCCACCGGCCACUGACCGUCUUUCUUGGACACAGUCAUCUUCCAGGCUCAGCUGUCAGUCAUCCCCUCGUGCCCUGUCCACAUGCCUACACCCAAAGACAGAUGCAGACAUGUUGGCUGAGGCCAGGAACUCAUUCCUCUCUUACUGUAUUCCCAAUACUAAAGAGUGAGCAGCAUUGGCAGGACAGUGAGCAGGACUGGCAUGUCAGGGUCACUCAGAAGACUGUGUGUCUUGCUCAUCUGUGUUUUGGAAAAAGAUGUGCGUCAGGUAUACUCAGUAGACAGUCCCUGCUCACAUUGGUCUAAAGCAGCAGUUCUCAACCUGUGUGUCAUGGCCCCUUUGGCCACCCUCUAUCUCCAAAAUAUUUACAUUGUGAUUCAUAACAGUAGCAAAAUUACAGAUAUGAAGUAGCAAUGAAAAUAGUUCUGUGGUUGGAGAUUGCCAAAACACAAGAAACUUUAUUAUAGGGUCACAGCAUUUGGAAGGUUGAGAACUACUGGCUGGCAGCAGGUCCCUGGGCCACGGGGGCUCAUGCCACACUGAUGCUCUAGGUGGAAUACACCAGGCUCCUGUCCUUAACUAGCACAGGGGUUCUGGAGCAGGAGGGGCUGCGCUUGAUGAGGUCCCUUCGACACUACCCAGGCAACCUUUCCACCCUUGACCUCCAGAAUCUCAACACUGGGCAGUAUGAAGACAAGAGCUCUCCGCUUACUUCUCCUUUUUUACAUUUCUGCUGUUCAUAUCCCACUCUUGAACUGUACUGUGUGUUUUGACUGUUUUAUUUAAGGAAUUGAUGUGGGUUUUGUUUGUCUUUGAUCACACGUAGAGUGCCCUUUCCCUGGCAGACCUAGGUUGCCGUUCCUCUGGAGUGUCUGUGGCAUUCUGAGGACAACUGUCAUGUCUACCAGCGUCACCCACCCAGUUGACUCCGUGUGACAGGCCUGUCCUGCUCGGUGUGCCUGCACUUCAGGAAGAAGCAGCUCUGAGCUUGCCUUGUUCCUUCAGGCUAUGUGAAUGAGGAGGUGGGAGAACUUUAAACUUGGAAUUAUGCCUCCCUCCAACUUGGGGUCUAUGCCCCUUUAACUCAAAUAACAAAAGGCUAGGUUUAUGCCCCGUUGAUAUUUCCAGUAGAUGUCCCACUAGGAAAAAGUAUAAGUAGCUAGCUGCAGGGGUAGAUACUUGUGAGGCAGAAUUCGGGUUGUCAGUUACUUCCUUGCUCCACAGCGCCUCAGUGUGGCUAACCAUAGCACAGCACCAAUGUCAUGGGUGCCUGCCAGUCCGACUUCAGAAGGUAGCAGGCAUCAGUUGUCACUGUCCACUUGAUGGGACUUCCUGGCUCCUCCAUUGGCUGUGCUUCCUCUUCAAAACCUCCUCUGUAAAUUGCUCAGAGAUGUUAGACUGGUGAACCAAAAAAUUUCAGUCACCUUUUACAUCAGUUUAGCCUGUUUCCAGCCAUGCUUAUAAGUCACAUCCCAAUUAGCUUAGGAAGGGUCUAUAUCUUUGUCAGGGAGUGUUUUCCAGCAAGAGGUGGAAAUAAAGUGAGAGGCCAUUACAGGCUGGGCUAUGAUGGGCAGUGAGGAGUUCACCCCAGUUCUCUGUGAAUCCCCUCCCAGUGUCAACUAGGUAUCUAUUUGUUGAGUGUCCACCAAGACCUUGCAUGUGUCUGUCCAUUCUGAUUACAGAAGACUCUGGGGGGCGGUGAGUGGGCAGCGUAUCACCCUAACGGAAACAACAGAUAAGAGAAUCCUGGGAAUGCUGUUCAGGUCAGCAGCUCUCAGAUAGAAAUGGGUCCCGGGGUAAGGGGGCAGUAUCUGAACUGAACUGAGGUGGGAAUUUUUGGAGGAGAAAGUUAGUCCUGUGGAGUGUUUCUGCCUUCGUCGUUUCCUGUUGUUAGAUGCUGCGUGUUCAUUAUGCCAUCCCGAAUCAAAGCACAAAAAUGUCGCAUGAGACAUUGUGGUCACAUGUCUGGUUACACUUUGGAGCACAAAUCUUAGAGUGGUAAAUAAAUCAUUUCCAAUGGGGUUGGCAGCCCAGUGUUUCUCUUUGUUCCUUUUUGUUAAUAUUUUAGAUGUAUAAAAUUUAGGAAAAAAAUCUUGUGUAUCAAGCACCCACGAACCUCUGCCAACUUCAAUAAACCUUGACAACUACA